AUGCCGGCGGGAUCUGCUCGUACGUCAGCAGACAAGUUGAACAAGCAGAAUGUUCAUGUGAACAUCCCGAUUGGAAGCGCUGCAUGUCCUGCAUCCGGUGCAAGUACCUUCGAGUCCGCCAAAGGCUUGGACGUGCACAAUGCAAUUUAUUAUUCGCCCGAAGGCCUACAACACGUCCAGCUCGUGCAAAACGAGACUUCGUGGAGAUUGCAGCGGAGAGUAUUGUAA